AUGAAGAAAGUGUACAGUCUAGUGAACAUAACUAAAGCCAAGGACCAGGAGGCAGUUCAGUCCAUCUGCAUCAAGCAAAUACAGCUCACUGACCAGAAGCAAGAAUUCAACAAACGGCCCACCAAGACCGGCCGGCGCUCCCUGUCCCGGUCCAUCUCACAGUCGUCCACAGACAGCUACAGUUCAGUGUGCAGCGACAGCUCCGAGGAUGAGAUUUCUCCCAGGGACAAGGUUCAGAAGACCUCCAAAGGCCUGUCGGACUUCUGCAUCAAAAACAUCAAACAGGCUGAAUUUGGACGCAAAGAAAUAGAAAUCGCAGAGCAAGAAAUGCCAGCACUGAUGAUCCUGAAGAAAAGAGCAGGUGGAGAGAAACCGCUGGCUGGAGCCAAAGUGGUGGGAUGCACACACAUCACUGCACAGACAGCGGUGUUGAUUGAGACUCUGGUGGCUUUGGGGGCUCAGUGUCGCUGGUCGGCCUGUAACAUCUUCUCCACUCAGAACGCUGUGGCUGCUGCUCUGGCUGAAGCAGGCACCUCAGUGUUUGCGUGGAGAGGAGAGUCAGAGGACGACUUCUGGUGGUGUAUUGACAAAUGUGUCGGAGCUCGGAGCUGGCAGCCCAACAUGAUUUUGGAUGAUGGCGGCGACUUGACCCACUGGAUCUAUAAAAAGUAUCCAAGCAUGUUCAAGAGGCUCAGAGGCAUCGUGGAGGAAAGCGUUACAGGCGUCUAUCGGCUGUACCAGCUGUCGAAGGCGAGCAGACUGUGUGUUCCUGCCAUGAACGUUAAUGACUCUGUGACGAAGCAGAAAUUCGACAACCUUUACUGCUGCAAGGAGUCCAUACUGGACGGGUUAAAGAGGACCACUGACGUCAUGUUUGGUGGAAAACAAGUGGUGGUCUGUGGAUACGGGGAGGUCGGCAAAGGUUGCUGCGCUGCCCUGAAAGCGCUGGGUGCUAUUGUAUAUGUCACAGAAGUGGAUCCCAUUUGCGCCCUUCAGGCCUGCAUGGACGGCUUCAGAGUGAUUAAACUGAGCGAAACCAUCAGACAGGUGGACAUGGUCGUCACCUGCACAGGUAAUAAAAACGUGGUGGGGAGAGAGCAUCUGGACAAAAUGAAGAAUGGCUGCAUAGUCUGCAACAUGGGACACUCCAACACUGAGAUAGAUCUGGCGAGUUUGCGGACUGUGGAGCUGAAGUGGGUGCACGUGAGGCCUCAGGUGGACCACAUCAUCUGGCCCGAUGGCAAGAGAAUCGUCCUGCUGGCUGAGGGCCGCCUGCUGAAUCUGAGCUGCUCCACCGUGCCCUCAUUUGUCCUCUCCAUCACGGCCACGACUCAGGCCUUGGCCCUCAUCGAGCUGUUCAACGCUCCAGAGGGACGAUACAAACAGGACGUCUACCUGCUGCCGAAGAAGAUGGAUGAAUACGUGGCCAGCCUUCACCUGCCGACGUUUGACGCUCACCUCACGGAGCUGACUGACGAUCAGGCCAAGUACCUCGGCAUCAGCAAGCACGGGCCCUUCAAACCCAACUACUACAGGUAUUAAGCUCUUCACGAAGCCCUGCAGACGGAGCGCUGACGCCCUCUACAGCCUGAAGCUCACCGAGUACUG